CUAGCUCGACUUUAAUGCUUAACAUAACGUCUGUUGACUAUUUCUGUGCAACCGGAGAACCCGAGUGGUUGGACAUUUGUUGUAUUUUACGGUCUUAUGAUUAACAAAGUAAUUUAAGGACAGACAUGGCGCUCACGGAGGCUGACGUAAAGAAACAGAUCAAGCACAUGAUGGGCUUCAUCGAGCAAGAGGCCGGCGAGAAGGUGGAGGAGAUCGACGCAAAGGCGGAGGAAGAGUUCAACAUCGAAAAGGGUCGUCUGGUGCAGACUCAGAGGGUGAUGAUCAUGCAAUUCUACGAGAAGAAGGAGAAGCAGAUCGAACAGCACAAGAAAAUCCAGAUGUCUAACCUGACCAACCAGGCGAGGCUGAAGGUGCUGACGGCCCGCGACAACAUGAUCACGGACUUGUUGAACGAGGCCCGUCAAAGACUCGCAGAGAUCGCCAAGGACCCUGCGAGUUACUCCGCCUUACUGGAGGGCCUGGUGCUUCAGGGUUUCUAUCAACUGCUGGAACCUAAAGUGACCGUCCGCUGCCGACAGCAGGAUGUGGAAAUGGUUCAGGCUGCAGUUAAUAAGAACAUCCAUAUCUACAAAGAGGCACUGAAGAGCAACGUAGUCGUCAAAAUCGACCAGGAACGCUUUCUUCCAUCAGAGAUCUGCGGAGGGAUCGAAGUGUACAACGACAACAGGAAGAUCAAGGUGUCCAACACUUUGGAGAACAGGCUUGAGCUGAUGGCACAACAGAUGAUGCCUGAAAUCCGAGUGGACUUGUUUGGAGCCAAUCCCAACCGCAGGUUCACGGAUUAACAGCGGAUCGGAAGAGCGUGUUUCGGCGUGUGUGAACCGCACGAGCCCACCCCGAG